CGCUUCGGUCUCUCUCUCUCUCUCUCUGCUGCUUUUGAUGAAAGGAGAAUGGUAUGUGUGGGUUUCUUGUGGCCGUUGGCGAAUCGCAGGCGACCGGUGAAAAUGCCACGCCCGCCUGGUCUGGAUGAAACGGUGUUUCAACCCCGCACUUGAAGGGCGACGGGUGUGUACACGCGACCCGGCCUUGCCUUCUUUUUGGACGAAGGAAGGCGGACAGGACCGCCCGGCAGGGAGCCAGAGGAUUGGCCUGCCCCCGUUUUGACAGGAUGGUUCAUGCAAAGGAGCUUUCUCGUCCAAUGUCCGGCGCCAGCUUGACCUCGGGGAGCGCGCACAACCCGGGCUACUUCCCGGUAAAAAAGAGAAGAAGAAAAGAAAAGAAAAAGACAUCCCCGAGUGCCUGUUGGGCUUUCUCGUCUCUCUGGAGCUUCGUGUGCUCGUCAACCAAGAUGCCACAUCGUCAGCCCCAUAGUUGCGAUUUCAAUCGACUGGCAACCUGGUGGGUACGCAGCUCAUUAGACCCCAUUGGAAGCCAUAUCCGAGUCCGGAGGAGAACUCGGGAAUGUCCAGCGGGAUACCGCCAUAUCUCGUGGGUUGUCGGACAACGGGGUUUCGACCGAAUUGUGCUACUGGCGCUAAACAGGGGUUUGCGACGAACUCGAGUCUGGUGCCUGUCAUUAUAUGCAUAUAUUAUAGACCAAGACGGCAGGGAUGUCGGAGCAAUCGUAGUUUGUCUCAAAGUCAGAUCCUUACCUAGUUCAGUUGAAAGGGACCUAUGCCUGCUGCCGUAUUCGUUCAGUAAACAACAAGUCGGACUGACACCCGUUGGGCCUGAGUCGGGUCCUCAGGGAGCGACGGCUGGUCACGACUUGGAACAUCAUCGCCACAACUCUCAACCCUCUUGCGACUCCUUGGCCCCUCCCCCAACACCCCCAAACUGCUACUCCCCGGUGUGACCGAAGCUCUUUGGAAGGCUUUGGUCCGGCAUAUCACGUUUCUCUAUAGCGGACCUGGGGACCGGC